AUGGCAAGAGAAUAUACCGCACAAGAAGUCAUUGAGGCUUUGAAUCUCUCCCCGCAUCCAGAAAAAGGGUACUACAUCGAGACAUUUCGCGAUAGCAAUUUGUCAAACAAUCGCUCCAGCAGUACCUGCAUCUAUUAUCUUCUCGAGCGCGAAGCUGGAUUUUCAAGAUGGCAUCGUGUUUUAGAUGCCGCUGAGGUAUGGCAUUACUACGCUGGCGCCCCUUUGCAACUGUCCCUAUCCUGGGAUGAUGGAGAACCAACUCGAAAUAGUAUUUUGGGGAUUGAUCUCGCAAAUGGCCAACGGCCGCAAGCCAUCGUUCAGCCCUCUGAAUGGCAGCACGCGAGAACUAUGGGUGACUGGACGCUCGUCGGGUGUACGGUGGCACCAGCCUUUCUCUUCGAAUCGUUCGAGAUGGCUGAAGCGGGAUGGGAGCCCCGGCUGGCUGUUAAUGUUCCAGAGUGA